UCCUUCUCCCCGGUUCAGCUUUGGCUGAGCUGCCUGUUAAAUUAUAAAGAAAAAGAGUUCAGCAGCAGCACUGUGAGAGAUUUCUGUCUGAUGCGUGUUGAUCAUUGAUGAAGUUCUCAGAGUUUGAAGAGACAAUAACGUGAUUAAAACAACCAGACAGCAUCUCUCCAGGCUUUAAAUCACCUCAGUUCAGAGUAAGAAAAUCUCGUAUUAAAAUAAUCUCCCUCUGAUGACAGCAGCUUGUUUGUUUGAAACACAAACCACCGUUUGUUCUCCUGCAAAAUAUGCGUAAUUUCAGGAUGCCUGUGCGUAAAAGUGCGCUGCGCACCACGCUCGCUUCCCGUCCCAUCCUCAUCUUCAUCUUCAUCUUCAUCUCCGAGCAGCUGCAGCAGCUCAUCCGUCAAACCAUUUGAAAAAAUGGCUGAGCUCCGUCCCGCCCGGAGGAGCUGCAGUCCUCCUCUCACCGGGCUGUUGACGUGCGUUUUGCUGCUGCUCUUCGUCUCCGUCGCCUCCUCGAGUCGUGAUGAUGUUUCGGGAAACGAGACGUGGAGUAAUGCAGCCGGGGAGCCGCAGGAGCAGGACCCGCACCAUCACAGUAACUCCACGACUCACAAAAAGGCUUUCCCCGUCCUCUCCUUCAACUUCGAGUACGUCAAGAAGCCCUUCGAGAUCUCCCUGUGGAUCCUCCUGGCCCUGCUCAUGAAACUUGGUUUUCACAUCAUUCCCAGAGUGUCAAACGUCGUCCCAGAGAGCUGUCUGCUGAUCGGCGUUGGUCUGCUGGUUGGCGGCAUCAUCGAGGGCAUCGGAGAGGACGCCCCGGUCCUCGACACCAAGCUCUUCUUCCUCUACCUGCUGCCUCCCAUCAUCCUCGAUGCCGGCUACUUCCUGCCCAUCCGGCCCUUCACGGAGAACAUCGGCACCAUCCUGGUGUUCGCCGUGGUGGGAACUUUGUGGAACGUCUUCUUCAUCGGAGGGAUGUUGUACUGCGUGUGCCGGGUGGAAGGCGCCCAGCUGGCCAGCGUGGACCUGCUGUCCUGCCUGCUGUUCGGCUCCAUCGUGUCGGCCGUGGACCCCGUAGCCGUGCUGGCCGUGUUCGAGGAGAUCCACAUCAACGAGCUGCUGCACAUCCUCGUGUUCGGGGAGUCGCUGCUCAACGACGCCGUCACUGUGGUUCUGUAUCACCUGUUCGAGGAGUUUUCUCACGAAGGAACUGUGACCGUGGUCGACGCCCUCCUCGGCGUCGUCUGUUUCUUUGUGGUUUCGCUGGGUGGCGUCCUGGUGGGAGCCUUCUACGGCGUCCUGGGCGCCUUCACCUCCCGCUUCACCUCGCAUACCCGCGUCAUCGAGCCCCUGUUCGUCUUCCUCUACAGCUACAUGGCGUACCUCUCCGCUGAGGUCUUCCACCUGUCGGGCAUCAUGUCGUUGAUAGCGUGUGGCGUGGUGAUGCGACCGUACGUGGAGGCCAACAUCUCCCACAAGUCGUACACCACCAUCAAAUAUUUCCUAAAGAUGUGGAGCAGUGUGAGCGAGACGCUCAUCUUCAUCUUCCUCGGCGUGUCCACGGUGGCCGGUCCUCACGCCUGGAACUGGACCUUCGUCAUCUUCACCGUCGUCCUCUGUUUGGUGUCCCGAGUGCUCGGUGUCAUUGGCCUCACGUUCAUCAUCAAUAAAUUCCGUAUCGUGAAGUUGACCAAGAAGGACCAGUUCAUCGUGGCGUACGGUGGCCUGCGAGGCGCCAUUGCCUUCUCACUCGGGUUCCUGCUGACCAACAGCGAGAUGAAGCACAUGUUCCUCACCGCCAUCAUCACCGUCGUUUUCUUCACAGUGUUUGUGCAGGGAAUGACGAUCAGGCCUCUGGUGGAGCUUCUGGCUGUGAAGAAGAAGAAGGAGAGCAAAGGAUCGAUUAAUGAGGAGAUUCACACACAAUUUCUGGAUCAUCUCCUCACUGGAAUUGAAGGCAUCUGUGGUCAUUAUGGACAUCAUCACUGGAAAGACAAGCUGAACCGCUUCAACAAGGCGUAUGUGAAGAGGUGGCUGAUAGCAGGCGAGCGCUCCACCGAGCCGCAGCUCAUUUCCUUCUACAACAAGAUGGAGAUGAAACAGGCCAUGAUGAUGGUGGAGAGCGGAAGUGCCGCCAAGCUGCCGACCAUCGUGUCGUCCGUCUCCAUGCAAAACAUUCAGCCGAGAGGACCGGCCAAACGGCGAGCGAUCCCGAGCAUCUCCAAGAGUCGAGAGCAGGAGAUCAGAAAGAUUCUGAGGGGAAACCUGCAGAAGACCAGACAGCGGCUGCGUUCCUACAGCAGACACGACCUCAUGAUCGACCCGUUUGAGGACGACGUGAGUGAAGUUCGAUUCAGGAAGCAGCGGGUCGAGAUGGAGAGGAGGAUGAGUCACUACCUCACAGUUCCUGCAAAGAGCCAGGAAACACCGUCAGUGAGAAAAGUCUGCUUUGAAUCAGAAAACCAGGUGUUCACCUACGACGACAGCGAGAGUCCCCGCAGUCAGGCGGCCCGGCCCGAUCCCAGCCCUCCUGACGACGUCACCAUGCUGAGCGAAUCCCCCCAGAGGACCAAUCAGAGAGCCAAAGAGCAGGAUGAGAGGGAUGAGCGGGAGCCUUAGUGCCUUAAUGAGCCCGGUCCAAACAACGAGGAGGAGGAGGAAGAGGAAGAGGAAGAGGAUGGUGUCUCUUCAUGAAGCACAUAUUUACAGAUUCAAAGCAUCCAUUCAGUCACAAGCUGCUCAAACAGGAGUCGUAGCAAAGCUUGAUAUUUAUGAAGUAUUAUUUUUGUUUCUGUGACAAGAGAUUAUGCAGGUUUUUUUCAGCAUUUUGGGAUUUUUUUUUACCAUGUAACAUAUUACCAAAGCAUGCCCCCACUGGAGUUUGCUGUUUCAGGAUUUUAUACAGCCUGAAGUGAGCAGAGUGUCAGCGUUACGUGUCUUUAAAAGCAUCAAAAAAUCAAACGGAGCACUUGUUUAACAAGCUUGAAACACCGGAUUGAUGGAAUUUACCCCCUCAAAGCUCAAUAUGAUGAAUUUGUAAAGCAGAGCUCCACUGAUAUUAUGCAUUUUAACAUAUUGCUGAAAUAUCAGUAUUAGCUGAUGAGCAAGAAGAAGCACAGAAAUACCAAAGAAAUGUUUGAGGUGAUUCAGAAACCGUGCCCCAAACUUUUAUUGUGAGCAUUUCAAGAUACUGAUGUUAAUUUGUAUGAGAAAGUGCUGCUCUAUGACUCUAAAGGCUGAAUAAUGCUACAAAACAACUUAUUUUUAGUUGUUGCGAACAUCCUCAGCGGGCAAAAAGCCGUCUGUCAUAUAGAGGAGGGAACCCCGAUAUUGUUUAAAUACAGGAUAAUGUCCACUAGAGCUGCAAAGAUUACUCGAUAAGUCGUUUUAAAUUAAUUAACAACUGUUUUGAUAAUCGAUUGAUCAGUUUGAGUCAUUUUUAAAGAAAGAAAAUGCCAACCUUUUCUGAUUUUAGCUUCUUAAAUGUGGUUUGUUUACUCCUCUGUGACACUAAACUGAAUAUCUGAGUUGUGGAUGAAAUGAGACAUUUUGGGCAAAUGGAUGAUGAAAAGAAUCGCUAGUUGCAGCUUUUGCUAUUUAUUUUAGCUGUUUCUCCUGGAUUACAUUGACUUGGUUGUUGAUAGAAAAAGUUGCCAAAAAUUAAAGAAGAGAGUUUAGAUGAGUUCAGGUGUUGGUUGUUGUCUCACUCCUGCACAGAGAGCUGUGGGGUAGGGCUGCAACUUACGAUUAUCUUCAUUAGCGAUUGUUUUGGUCUAUAAAAAGCCAGAAAAUAUUGAAAAACAUCCAUCCCUGCAUCUCUGAAGUUCAAAGCCCAAAUAUUCUCCAUUUAAUAUAAUAUAAAACAGAGAAAAGCAGGAAAUAUCCAUAUUU